ACAGGCGCGGCUAUUUGUAAUGUACAAAAACCAGUAAUAAACGAGCAUCUAUCAGAUCCGGUUGUUUCACUAAAGUACUUGUAGAUACCUCACUGGCGACGAUCCGUGACUUACCCGCGUGUGUAUUUAAAAUAAUUGUUAUUUAUAAUGGCUACUACUUUUAUCGGAAAUUUAAGUCAUUUUGACCAUAACACCCAAGAAUGGGAAAUUUUCAGUAGUCGUUUGAAGCAGUUCAUUGUUUUAAACCAAAUAAAAGAUGAGAUGAGACAGGCAGUGCUACUGACACAUCUGCAUGACGAUACAUACCGGCUGUUGAAGAACCUUGUGUACCCGAGUAAGGUAGAAGAGGUCGGGUACGACGAGUUGUUGAGGGUGCUCGACGGUCAUUUUACUCCGAAGAGGUGUACCUUCGCUGAUAAGACCAAAUUCUACGAGGCUAUGCGUGACGUGGGGGAGAGUGUCGAGAAGUGGGCGGCUAGGAUCAGAGGACUCGCCGUACACUGCGAGUUUGGAAACUCGCUGGACAUGCUGCUGCGGGACAAGUUCGUGCUGGGGCUACGCGCCGGCAAGGAGCGCGAGCGACUCUUCGAGCAGGACGCCACCACGCUCACGCUGGCGAAGGCGAUGGAGCUGGCACAGCAGACGGAGUGCGCGCAGAAGGCACGCGCCGAUGCAGUGGCCGUGGCCGUGAAGCAGGAGCCGGUGUACCGGGCGGGCGCGCAGCCGUCCGCCGGCCGCCGGGACCCCGAGGCGAGGACCUGCUCGGUGUGCGGUAUGAGGAGCCACGACGAGAGUAGGUGCCGAUAUAAGUCCUACCGGUGCCAACUGUGUGGUGAAAAGGGACACCUCAAGAAAGUGUGUACUUCCAAGAAGCAGUCCAAGAGUCGUGUGAACAAUGUUGAAGCGACAGAGUUCUCGGCAGAAGGUGGGGACUGCGAAAAUUGCAAGGAGUGUAAACUUCUAAGUUUAAGAUGUAAAAAUUAAUCAGAGCUCGAGUGAGGUAACAAGGUUGUUAGAACAAUUUAGGAGUUUAUUCGAAGAAGGGUUGGGCAAAUUUAAUAAGUUCAAAGUACACUUGCAAUUGAAAGAGAACGUUAAACCUAAGUUUUUCAAACCGCGGUCAGUUCCGUUCGCUCUAAAAAAACGGGUAGAGGAAGAAAUCGACCGGCUGGUAGAUUUAGGUAUACUCGUACCGGUUAAUUUUUCUGAAUACGCAACGCCUAUUGUGCCUGUUUUGAAGGAAAAUGGCAAGGUCAAAAUUGCAGGCGAUUUCUCUGUCACGUUAAAUAAAGACAUGGUUAUCGAUAAGUAUCCGAUGCCGCGUAUAGAGGAGGUGUUUGCUAAACUAGGCGGUGGUGAAAGUUACACGAAACUAGACCUUAGCAACGCGUACAAUCAGUUCGUUUUGUCUGAUAGCUCUCAGGCGCUUACGACCAUUAGCACUACAAAAGGUCUUUACAAAUAUACUAGGCUAGUUUAUGGUCUCGCCAACGGCCCGGCUAUUUUUCAACGCGCUAUGGAGUCACUGUUGGUAGGUAUUGACGGAGUCAGCUGUUGGUUGGACGACGUGUGUGUGACGGGACCGACGAACGAGAUUCAUUUGGCGCGAUUGCGAGAGGUUUUGACUAGGUUUAGUGAUGCAGGUUUAAAGUUACAGAAAGAGAAAUGUGUUUUCUUAGGUAGUAGUGUUACUUAUUUAGGCUACAUUAUUAAUAAAAACGGCUUACGAACGUCUCAAAAAAAGGUGGAAGCUAUUCAUAAGGCACCAAGGCCGACUAAUGUAACGGAGGUAAAGAGUUUUUUAGGACUCGUAAAUUAUUACCGUAGUUUCAUUCCGAACGCAUCGAACAUGUUAAGUCCGUUACACGAACUACUGCGCGCGGAGGCAAAAUGGGAGUGGGGACGUUCACAGGAGGAGGCGUUUCAGGCAGUCAAAAGGGAGUUAGGCUCUGAGCGCGUGUUGGCUCAUUUUGACCCGGAGGCUCAGCCAGUGCUCAGUGUGGAUGCAGGACCUGGGGGGUUAGGUGCCCUUCUGGCACAACGCGACCCGGCAACCGGUGCCGAGCUCCCACUCGCGUUCGCCUCGCGCUCGCUCAACGCUAGCGAGAGGAACUACAGUCAACUUCAGAAAGAAGCCGCGGCAAUCAUUUUUGGUGUUAAAAAGUUCCACCAGUAUCUAUAUGGCAGGCAAGAUCCGUUCAUUUUAAAAACCGACCAUAGGCCUUUGUUGUCCAUUUUCGGCAAAAAUAGCGGCAUUCCUGUCAUGACCGCUUCCCGGCUACAGCGAUAUGCAAUUAUUUUAUCAGCGUAUAAUUAUAAGGUUCAGUAUAUAAGCAGUGCAAAUAAUCUCGUAGCUGAUUAUUUUUCUCGUGCGCCGUUGCCUAACAUGAACAAUGAUGAACAUAACGAAGAUUAUGAUGACGUGUCUUAUUUAAACUUUUUAGACGACAGUGUGACUCCCGUGACAGCUGAUAAAAUAAGACAAGCUACCGGAAAUGACCCUACACUAAAAAAAGUUUUUAGGUAUAUGAGUCUCGGUUGGCCGCGAAAGAUAAGCUGUGCAUCUAUUGUACCUUAUUUUAGAUGCAAAGCCGACUUACAAAUAGAUCAUGGUAUUCUUUUCCGUGGCCACAGGGUGGUUAUUCCGACAAUAUUUCGAGAUCAGCUGUUACGUGAAUUACACACCGGACAUUUAGGUAUUGUCAAGACGAAAAGCAUCGCGCGCGGUAAGAUGUGGUGGCCUAACAUUGAUGGCGAUAUCGAGCGCUGGAUCGGCUCAUGCGCCGCCUGCGUGGCCGUGCGCGCCGCCCCUCCCCGCGCCGCUCCCGCGCCUUGGCCGCGUCCUCCGUCUGCCUGGUACCGGGUACAUAUCGAUUACAUGUCUAUUCAUCAGAAAGUUUACCUAAUUGUCAUUGACGCAUAUAGCAAAUGGUUAGAGUGUCUUUUGAUGGACAAAGGUACUACUACUCGAGCGCUGAUAUGUAAACUUAAGGAAAUAUUUUCCAGAUUUGGCGUACCGAAUGUCAUUGUAUCCGACAAUGAUAUUAAAAUUAAUUCGGCCGAAUUUAAUUCUUUUUGUGCAAUGAAUGGCAUUCGUUACGUCACUUCUCCAGUUUAUCACGCGGCCAGCAAUGGUCAGGCCGAGAAUUCUGUGAAAACAUGUAAAAAGAUGAUUAAAUGUAUAGAUAAAACAGAUAAGUCAAAAGUUGAGGAUAAACUGAUGGGCUUAUUAUUCGAGUACCGUAAUACUCCCCAUUGUUCUACGGGCCAAACUCCAGCGAGUUUGAUGAUGGGCCGUAAUUUAAGAUCACGGCUAGAUCUUGUGAUACCAGAUGUUAAUAAAACUAAAGACAAUAUUGACAAAUGUGUUAUAGACAAUUGUAGAAAAUUCAAUAUCGGGGAUCAAGUAUGGGUUAAAUGGUUUACUGAAAAAAAAGAGAUUUGGGUUUUAGGCACUAUUCAAAAUAAAAUUGGUAACCGAAUGUUUUUGAUUUAUGUGCAUACUAAAAAUACUGUAUGUAGACGCCACGUAGAUCAAAUGCUUAUGUAUACAGGUGGUGAAUUUGACGUUAUUAAUGAAACCGAGGAUGCCGGGGCUGACGAGGACUCGUGGUCGCCACCGCUCGAGCCGCCGCCAGCUCCGGCUGGUUCCGCGCCCCCGGCGGCGUGCGUGAACCCUCCGCCAUCCUCCCUCCGGGCUGACAGUCCUCUACAGGCGGAUGUUCAGCCGCGUGACGUAGUGAGCGAUGAGUACGAUACUGGGCUUUCCGGGGAGGAGGAGGAAGUAGAGGAGCGUGAGGGGUCGCGCGCGCCGGCCGCGGUGGUUCCGGAGGCCGCGGAGGCCGUGGUCGCACCUGCCGCGGAGGUGGCGCCCGCGCCCGCCGACGCACGGUUGCCGCCGCCGCUUCCGACAAUUACUAGACCGAAUUUAAGGCCUAGAGAUAAAAAUAUUAGUUACAAGUGUUAAUGUUAUUAUGUGGUUUAGUUAUGUGUGUGUUAGUUAUUAUACACCUUAUUUAGUGUUAAGUACUGAUGUAUUGUUUAUUCUAUUGGCAGGUCUUACAAUUAACGGUGGAGAAAUGUGGUGUAUUUGCAUGUGUGCGUCCGCGCGCACACAGGCGCGGCUAUUUGUAAUGUACAAAAACCAGUAAUA